AUGCCCAAAAAAUACUACAAUCUUUGGAAGAAACUCAUCACAUCCAAUGUACUUCGCCAUACCCAAGUAUUUCUACAUGAACUCAUGGCGAUCUUUUCGGCCCCUCUUCACUCCCCUCUACUCUACUCUUCCUUUCGGCAUCCCGAAGUCACACGUGUCUCCCAGCUUUCCCAACUAUGCCCAAAAUGGGUCGUUUCCGAGACAGGGAACAUCACUUUGAAUCAACCUAGCCAGUCGCCGUCGACCCUUCAAUUUUCAUCUUCAAAACCUGAGACCCGUCACCCAUACGUAAACCAACCAUACAUAUCUAGACCAAAAAGCGUGGGAAACCAUAAACUCAAGUCAUCUGGAAUGGUCUGUCCUUCAUUGACUUGGGUCGUGACUCGGACCCUUUCCGUCCAUGGUUAUGAAGCCAUCCUGUCCCAAGCGACGAACGACCUCAACUUUGACAAGCUUCCAUCAAGGGCUUUCGAAGCUUCCAAAGAAGCCCGCCCUCCACUUCGUGUUGUCUUGCCACAAACUAAGCCCAUCUACCGAACAAAAACUUGA